AAGUACUACAAUACUGUAUUAUUAUUAACCCUCCUCUUCCAUCAAAUGCACACCAACACUAGCUACUUAUAAAUACAGAGAAAAAAAAGUGUGUUCACCUUCACCACGGUCUUCAUUCUACAACUCAUACAGAAGGUGAAAAAGUCAAAACACACCAUUAAGAUGGUAAGAAAAGAAAAUUAUUGACAAUAAUGAAAGUGGGUUUAUCUAUCUAUCCAUCCUUCAUUUAUUCACGAGCCAGGUAGCAGUUAGGGUUUCUGGACCCCACACCAAUAGAACCCUGUUUCUCACUUCCCCCUCCCAAUCAAAUCCCGCCACAUAAGCCAUUGAUUUUCACAAAGCAACCGACACCCCUUUAUUCAUUUACCCACAUCCAUUAAUUGGCACCAAUUAACAACCUCAACAACACUAUUAAUCCCAACAUUUUUACCCCACCCUUAACCAAAACAAAAACCUACCUUGUCUCCAACAUACAUAGGCACUGUCUCUGUUUCUAUUUCUCACUCUCUGAACUCUGAACACCGAAAAUCCGCCAUGGAUUUUCGCAUCUAUGGCGUCACGAUCCUUCUCUUCCUCUUCCCAACCCUCACAUUCUCAAUCUCACAGGGUCAGAUAAACUCAAACUCAAUCCUUGUCGCUCUGUUGGACUCCCAUUACACCGAACUCGCUGAGCUUGUGGAAAAAGCCAUGCUUUUGCAGACUCUGGAGAACACUGUCAUGAACAACAGCAACAACAUCACAAUCUUCGCUCCCAGAAACGAAGCCCUCGAACGCGAUCUCGACCCCGAUUUCAAGCGUUUCCUCCUCGAACCCCGCAAUCUCCAUUCCCUCCAAACCCUCCUCUUGUCCCACAUCGUCCCCAAAAGAAUCACCAAACCCGAAUUCAAAACCGGGUCGACCCGACACAGAACUUUAGCGUCUCACCACCACCUCACUCUCCAAGCCCUGAAUUUGACUCACUGGAAUGUUGAGUCUUCCCGGGUUAUUAACCCGAAUUCGGUAACCCGACCCGACGGAGUGAUCCACGGCAUCGACACUCUCCUCAUCCCUCGCUCAGUCCAAGACGAAUUCAACCGUCGCCGGAAUCUGAUCUCCAUCGCCGCGGUAAAACCCGAACCAUCCCCGGAGGUCGACCCGCGAACCCACCGGUUAAAGAAACCGGCGCCGGCAGCGCCGGCGGGGGCCCCGCCGGCGCUCCCGAUCUACGACGCGAUGGCGCCGGGGCCAUCGCUUGCACCGGCGCCAGCGCCGGGUCCGGGUGGGUCCCACAAGCACUUCAAUGGGGAAAAGCAAGUAAAAGAUUUCAUCGAGACGUUACUCCACUACGGCGGCUACAACGAGAUGGCGGAUAUUCUGGUAAACCUAACGUCCCUGGCGAUGGAGAUGGGAAGGUUGGUUUCGGAGGGUUACGUUUUGACGGUGUUAGCACCUAACGACGAGGCCAUGGCGAAGUUAGCGACGGAGCAAUUAAGUGAACCGGGUUCGCCCGAACAGAUUAUGUACUAUCACUUGAUACCCGAGUAUCAGACCGAGGAGAGCAUGUACAAUGCCGUCAGAAGGUUCGGGAAGGUCCGUUACGACACGUUACGGUUGCCGCACAAGGUCACGGCGCAGGAGGCUGACGGCUCCGUUAAGUUCGGCCACGGGGACACGUCUGCUUACUUGUUCGACCCCGAUAUUUACACGGAUGGACGGAUCUCCGUUCAGGGAAUUGACGGCGUUCUGUUUCCGCCUCAGGAGGAAGAAGCCGCCGGGCCCGUUACCCGAGCCCAGCCCGCUAAGGUCGUCGUCAAGCAAAGAAGAGGAAAAUUGUUGGAAACAGCAUGUUGGAUGCUUGGAAGCUUUGGACAGAACUCUAGAUUCAUCUCUUGUCAAUGAAGAGCUCUUAUCUGGAUGCUAGCAAGACUAGUUAAGAACGAAAACCCUGCACAGGAAAUUCCAAAGAUGUAAAAAGUCAACGGAAUAUGAAGGCCAGGUUACUUGAAAUGGGUUAAUAGCAGCAGCUGCUAUGGAUUUGGUUUUCCCACGUUUUUGUGAUGGUCUUUUUUUCUUUCUCCUUCUCGAUUUUUCUUCUUGUGGAUUUGGGUCUUGGACUUGAGAACAAAAGUUUCUCAAGUCUAGUGAAAACAAUAUAUAGUGCAAUUUAGAUUCAGUUAGGAGGUUGUGUUGGUGGGAUGAGAAGGUUUUAUGUAAUAAGAUGGCAGUGAAAUCUGUGCCCGAUUCAGUAAGUAAUUUUACAAAAAUGGAAAUACAGUAAUAAUCAAUAAAAUGAUUCUUUUCUGUAAUUA